CCCGGUAUUGUAUGACAGGACUGGAUCGAUCACGUGAACACAGUCAACCACACAGCUAGCUGCAGAGAUCUCCGCAACAAGUAUCCAGACUGGAAUCCAAAUGCCCCAAGGAGGGACCCGUCUCCAGGUCAGGAUGCCACCUGGCAUCCCCUGGAACGCUCUCCCUCCCGCUCAGUCUCCCAUUCCCUGUCCUGGUCCCCCACCCCUCCUCCAGACCGAAGCAGAAGGAUCUCUCCGCCCACCCCCCAUGGACACGCCCCACACACCUCUGGCCGGCACUGGCCCCUCCCAGUCCCAUCGGGGUUCCGCCUCAAGCGCACACAGACCGGAGAAGAGGACCAGCGAAUCCUCAGGGAUAUCUACUGGGAGCUCCUCUCGAGGCCUGAAGCGUUCCAGAAAUGACACUGCCAAACUCGGUGGCCACGGCAACAGAGCUGGGGUUUCUGGGAACCGUGAGUCCUCCUUGUCAUCCGCCAGCAAGUUUCCGGCGUCCAUGUCUGAGAAGCCACAUCGUCCACCUUCCUCUGCAUCAUCCUCUUCUUCUAAGCCCGGUGCCAAGCCAGUGGCUGGGAAGGAGACCACCCCAGGACAGGACUCAGAGUCUUCCAACGCACCACAGAAGAAGCCGAAUCCAACACUGCAGAAGAAGAGUCAUCCAGGUUCCUACCUGCUCUAUCUGACGGGCCUCCCUGCAGAUGCCAAGUACCAGGAAGUGGUAUCACUGGUGCAGGCCUUCGGCAAGGUCACCAACGUCCUCAUCAUCAGGAACGAGGAGGAGAACCAGCCGCAGUACGCUAAAGCCACUGUGUGCAUGCAGAAAGAGCAGGACGCUAAAGCUCUGGCUGAGUGCCUCACUCUCAACAUACGGGAACACCCCAUCACUGUCUCUGACCAGAAUGGUGAGGAGGAUCUUACUUCCUCGAUACCUGUCAUUAUAAAAGGAGAAGUGGUCGGUGCCCCCAACGAGACCAACACGACCGUCAAAGGCCCAGAAACCAGCGUUGGUCAGAAGAAUUUAAAUGAGAUACACAGGGAGCAGGUGAAGAGGAAGAGGAAGAGGGGAUGUAGAGCGGGACAGAGCCAGAGACUCAAAAGACUGCUGAGGGAAAACAAGAGGGGCAUGGUCAAGAUUACUGGACUUCCUGAAAGCGGCUGCUCCGAGAUCGAUAUCGCCAAGCUGGCCCAGCCCUUCGGAACACCUGUCAAGAUCCUCCUCAUCACCACGCCCAGUGAGGCUCUGGUCACCAUGCAGGAUGUGGAGUCAGCCCAGGAGAUGGUGAAGGUUUACAACAACAUGCCUGUCUGCAUCAACGACUCUGUUCUGAAUAUGAGCCUGCUGCCAAACCUCCAGGUGGACUUCAACAGACCAGUGGCACUUUUCCAUUCAUUGAUGGGACCAAGGAAUCCUGUUAGUGCGGAGGUGGGAGGUGAUGAUGACUGGAACCGUCUCCUGGUUGUCAGUAACAUUCCGGCCACGCCUUCCGGCCCAACAGAGAUCCAGAAGCUGGUCCAGCGCUUCGGCACAGUCCAACAGACUCUGGCACUCAAGGACAAGAUCAUCUUUGAGAUGGGAACAGCAGAAAUGGCCCAGAGUGUCUUCAACCGCUUCCAGAAGUUUCCCUGCAUUGUUCAGAACAACAAGCUCGCCUUCUCCUGGAAACCUGAUCCCAAGACUGAUCUACCUAAAGUCAACAUCUCUGCCGGCUCAACAGUGCCAACUGGUGGCAAAGUCUCCCAGACUGAAGAGACUACUACACCCCCUGGUGGACAGGAGGACUCACUGUCUCAGUCAGGAUUAAAGGUGGCGAAAGGAACAGGGGUCGAUACUAACGUUAAAGGACAGGAGGUUCAGCCAGGUGAUGAAGGGAUGAAGGUUGAAGGAGAGGUUGAAGCCACAGAGAAGGAGUCUCCAGCAUUAGGAGGAAAUGAGCAAGAGGAUCAGCCUGAUGUGGCUUCAUUACAGCCAGCAGGAGUGAACCAGAGAGAGGAUACAGAACCCAACACAGACCAACCUGGAGGUCAGGGUGGAGAGGAGGUCAUGGAGAAAGUUGCAAACAUUUCAACAGCGGAGUCCGAAGAGACUGAAGAACCAGUCGCCUCGGAUGCUACCGCCGCUCCUCAAGCUGCUAAACCAGAGACAGCCACCUCCGCCCCAGCCCCAAAUGUAAUGGCGGCGAUCAUAGAGGCCUUACGACAGGAGAGCAGGAACAGAUCCUCUACCAAGGUUACCACUGACCAGGCUGCAGCUGAGAAUCCUCCAGGUAAACAACCAACAGAUAAGGAGACUCCAGAUGUCCAGGCGGCGCCUGCUCUACCCAGAGUGACCCCUGAGAUCCUGAAGGUACUGCUGGAGGAGUGCAGGGUCCGGUCCUCCAGUAGGGCCAACGCUGAGCAGGCCAGGAAGGAACAGGACCAGGCGCCCCCUGCAGACCAAAAGGCUGGAGGAGAACAGGUCACCAAGAGGAAGACCCGCGAGGAGGAAAGGGAGGAGAGAGAGAGAGCGAGGAGGGAGAGGGAGAAGAGGCUGAAGGCCCAAGAGGAGGAGAGGGAGAAAGGAAGGAGGGAGAGAGAGAAGAGGCGCUCCCACAGGGAAGGGUCAUCAGGAUCACCGGGGUCCAGGUCCUCUAUGAGGUACGAGGGGAGCCGGCGCAGUGGGAGGAGCGGCGCCAAGUCUGAGUCCAGGAGAGGAAACGGAGAGGACAAACAGCAGGAAGAGGAGGAGUUAGGUGAGAAGCACGUGCCCUUCGACAUGGAGGACUUUGUGACUGUGGACGAGGUGGGGGAAGUAGCUGCGGUGCCCCAUCCGCCCCCCGAGACAACCACAGAGGUGACUGAGGUUACGGAGUUGACCGGCAACGACCCUGUGACCACACCAGCCUCUGAGGCAGAGCAGCAGGCACCAGCAGACACUACACCGAUGGAGGUGGAGGGUGAGCCUGGGACAGCAAAGGUACAGGGGGAAGCGCUGGACAAACGAGGACAGAAGGAGGAGGAGGGGUUGGCCCCAGCAACCACAGAGGAGGGGUCGGUGAAGACUGCAGAGGGAACUGGGGAGGUGACAGAGGAGAAAGUUCCAGACUUUCAGGAUGACAUCAUCAAAGAGCCUGUGGUCACCGUGCCGAAGACAACCUGUGAUAAGUUCACUGAGGAGUCAGAGGUGAAAGGUCACGAUGAGGCCACACCCACAGACGCACCUGCCGCCGCUGGAGAAGAGGAGGUGGAGGAAGAAAAGGAGGAUGGAGGCGUGGAGGAUUUCAACACGGGGAAGUUUCUGACGGUGGACGAGGUGGGCCAGGUGGAAGAUGACGGGAAGAAGAGGUCUGCUGAGACAGUGGAGUCGAAGCGAAGGAGGACAUCUCAGGAGGAGAGAGAGGAGGAGGCAGCGAGGAGGAAGAUGAAGAUGGAACCCCUCUUUUCUAAAGACUACAGCAUCCCUCCUUUCAACCCUGACAGCCCUGUCGGCAUGGAGUUUCUGGUCCCCAAGUCAGGCUUCUUCUGCAAGGUGUGUUCUAAGUUCUACAGCGGAACUUACGAGGCCAAGAAGAACCACUGCAGGAGCCUCAAACACCAUCAGAACCUGGAGAAAUCCCUGGAGAAGUGGAGAGCGAAGAAAGACUGACUCUGCAUGAGUUAAAUAUUGACUCGCUGACUGACUGCGUCCCAACCACUCACUGACUGAUUCAUUCCUGUCUAUUAACUCUUUCCCCCUCUUUCCCCACUUCCUUGUUUUUGUGUUUCUUCCCCAUGGGUCCAAACUCUCACUCUCUCUCUUUCUCUCUCAUAACUGUUUCAUUUUGUUAGUUAUUUUCCCAUUAUAUAGAAGAGAAGUGACUCAAUAGAGAGAAAUUAAAAUAGAAACCAAUGAAAAAUAAAGUGUUUUAUUCAA